CGACUCCCUUUCAGGCUUCAUUAAAGCAGGUGGAAGACUCCAAAAGUCCGACCAUGAGUACCUUUGGGUACCACAAGGAGCUGGGAAGAUACGAGGAGGUGGACGAAGAAGAGCUGCUGGCCACCUUGACUUCUGAGGAACUCCAGGAACUGGAGAGCGAAUUGGCCGACAUCGACCCUGACGACAACGUCCCGAUUGGGCUGAGGCAGAAAGACCAGACAGCUAAGACUCCGAUAGGCACCUUCAGUAGGGUGGCACUACUGAAAUACUUUGAGGAUGAGACUCUGAAGCUGUUGGAUGGGAAUUCAGAAUCAUGUGCUCAACAGGAAAGCAAGGAGGAGGAGGAACCAUCAGAUAAAAGUGAAAGGGAAUGUGGAACACAGAGUGACAGCAACAUCACUGGGUCCAAGGACAAUGAAGAGAACAACAAAGGCCUAACUGAUGGAGGGGGUGCCAAAGAUGAGGAAAAUGAUGAAGAGAAGAAAGACAAGUGCAAAAAGGAGCCUUUUCCAACAUCGGACAGAUGUGGUACGAAUGCCGACGUCCCAUGCGGGAAUCCAGAGAAAGGACUUUGCAAGAAAGACUUGGGGACCGAAACCACAGACCUCAACCUUAACGCAACCUCGGACAGGCUGAGUGGGAACCCCAUCGUGAUCGACGAGGCCCUGGAACAGAUCCUUCACGACGAUCCCGCCAUGACGGAGCUCAACCUCAACAACAUCGAAGACAUCUCCCAAGAGACCCUGUUGCGCUUUGCGGAAGCCCUGAGCGCCAACACGCACGUGCAGGUCUUCAGCCUCGCAAACACCCACGCCGACGACCGCGUGGCCUUCGCCAUCUCAAAGAUGCUGCGGGAAAACCGCUCCGUCACCAACCUCAACGUCGAGUCGAACUUUGUAUCUGGCCGAGGCCUCUUGGCCCUGUUGGCAUCUCUCCAACACAACAGGACUAUCGUCGAGCUACGCUUCCACAACCAGAGGCACAUCUGCGGGGGCCAGGUGGAGAUGGAGAUGGUGCAGCUCUUGAGAGACAACACCACUUUGCUGAAGCUGGGGUACCAGUUCGACCUACCCGGCCCAAGGAUGACGGCCACCAGCAUCCUGACCCGCAACCAGGACAGACAGAGGCAGAGGAGACUGCGACAGCAAAGGGAACAAGGCCUUCCAGAAUUACCAGUCACAAAACAGGCAGUUGCCAACCCUACAGGCCAAGUGUCCGGUUCCAAACCUAAAAACAGGUCGAACCAGACAUUAGAUGAGUGCCCUCAAAAACUGACACGUAACCACCUCACCUCAAACAAGGUCCUCCCUCCUCCUCCGCCUCCCCCUCCCCCAUCAACUUCUUCAGAGAAGAACAAACCAACCAGGAAGAUUGCGGAUAUGAUAAAACAGCACGAAGGUUCGAACGGGGUGAAGGGUCAGCCGGGUCCGAAGAAAUCCAAAUCCAAAAAGGGCAAAAACGGCUCCAACGAAAAGGAGAGCACCGACAUCCUAAAGGAGCUGAGGAAUUCCCUGAAGCCUUCCCUGCGGAAGAGGAAAGAUGACCCCUGCUGUCCCCUGGCACCCCAGAGGUCUGGCAGAGACGACCUCAUGGAGGCCAUUCGUGGGAGCAGCAUACGAUCUCUCAAAAGAGUGAAUGUCCAAAAGUGACCAUCUCUCAAAUUGACGGGAUUGAUGGUCCUCUCGGACAAAGCAAAGGAUGUUUAUCUCAAGACAAGAAAAUCUUCUGCACAAUUGCUCACCAACAUUAAACUGUAUUUAUUUUUGUGAUAUGAGACCUUUGUUACACUUUUUGGCUAAGUAUUUGUAUUAAUCCAACUUACAUGAUGACUUCUUACAAUUCAUAACUAAAUAAUGUAAUUUAAAACUAAAUAUUUUAAUGUUAUUAACACAAUAAUAUACAAGUAGGAUUGUAUCUACUGUGUAAUUUGUAAAAACAUUAUGUGGUGUGCAGAGGACCAUAAGAUAUUGGAUUGCAUAUGACUUCUGUAUUAAA